AUGGCGCUGGCUGGACCCUGCCCGCACUCUCAGCUGCAGUCAGCUCUGGACUGCAGCUCCAACUCGGCGCUGAUCUCCUGGACCCCGGGGAACGGCACGCUCUUGUACAACGUGUCAGCUGAAGCCCUCAGCACCGGGGACUACGUGUCCUGCACCAGCAACGGCUCGUCCUGUAACAUCUCUGCCCUGGGCUGUGGCCAGCGGUACAGGGUCAGCGUGGUGGGGACGGGCCUCAACUGUGGCAGCCGUCACGGAUACUGGAUAGCAGUGAACACAGCUCCCUGCGCGCCCACCCAGCUGAGCGUGCGCUCCUCGUGCGACUCCGACACCGCGUCCGUAUCCUGGGCCGCCGCGGCGGGCGCAGUGUCGUACGCGGUGACCGCCGAGGCCGGCGACGGGCACCGGAGGACGUGCAACAGCAGCGGGCUGUCCUGCGACGUGUCCGGCCUCCAGUGCGGCUGGGAGUACGCGGUGUGGGUGACGGGCAUGGACGCCGACUGCCACGGGGCCAACAGCGAGAUCCACACCCUGAGAACCGCACCCUGCCUUCCCCAAGCUCUGGAGACACACGUGGAAUGCCUGGCGGGCGAUUUAAGUGUUACCUGGCAACUGAGCAGAGGAGCGCUGCGCUAUGGGGUGGUGGCAGAAGGCACUGCCGGGGACGUCCUGACGUGUGACACGGACAACGCAAACUGCAGCUUCCCUGGCCUGCCGUGCAGCCAGAAGUACAACGUCACCCUGACAGCCAGCGAUGACACGUGCAACAGCUCCAGCAGCCUGGCCAGUGCUGUCACGACAGCCCCCUGCCCACCAGCUGCAAUCAAUGCGACAGUGGACUGCUCCAUCCAAGGGAACUUGACCAUAAGAAUCACCAUUAAGAUAGUAAUCAAGCUGAAGUCCUGGAUGAAACGGGUCCUGUACACGGCCACGGCUGUGGACCCUCUGGGCCGCUCCCACGCCUGCAGCACCUCGAACUCCAGCUGCGACAUCCACAGCCUCCGGUGUGGCACGGAGUACAGCGUGUCCGUCGCCGGCUCCGUGGACGGCUGCACCGGACCCCCGAGCGAGCUGUACACCGUCAGGACAGCCCCCUGUGUUCCACGCCUCACUGAGGUGGAGAUGGACUGCCACUCAGACUCCGCCUCGGUCAUGUGGGCGGAGGUGGCCGGGGCGAGCCUCUACAGCGUCACGGCGGAGGACGGAGCGGGCGGGGCCUGGCACUGCGGGUCGAGCGGGACAGACUGCGCGGUGACGGGACUGAACUGCGGCCAGCUGUACACCUUCGGCCUGACCGCGUCCGAUGGGCAGUGCAACAGCUCGCGGAGUAACACCCUCCCCUCUGAGACAGCCCCCUGCCCGCCACAGGACAUUCAGGCCAACGUGAGCUGCGGCAACCAUACGGGCAGCGUUUCCUGGACCCUCAGCCAGGGGGCGCUGCGCUACAGUGCCAUCCUGCAGAGGACGGAUGGCCACACUUCCACCUGCACCACUCUGGGCAGCACCUGUGAGGUCACCGGCUUGGCCUGCGGGGAGGCCUACACGGUGACAGUGGUGGCCCAGGGACGUACCUGCAACAGCUCGGCCAGCGCAGGUUCCUUUAUCAAAACAGCACCUUGCAUGCCACAAAAUCUGAUGAGCAGCACCAGCUGUGUGGACGGCGUGGCGACGAUGAUGUGGAACAUCAGUAAGGGAGGGGUGCUGUACUCCGUGGAGGCCACAGGCAGUGAUGGUCAUGCAGUUGCCUGCACUUCUGCUGGGGACAGCUGUGACCUCACCGGCCUGCAUUGUGGGCAGAGCUACAUCGUUACCAUGACGGCCGGGGACGACACUUGCUCCAGCGCCCCCACCCAGCCUGUCACUGUCACUACAGUGCCGUGCACGCCAGGGAACGUUUUGACCGAGGUGGACUGCGGCUCGAACACCAUGACGGUGUCCUGGUUGGAAAGCGCCGGGGCCGAGUACUACACGGCGACGAUGGAGGACAGCAAUCGCCACAGCACCAGCUGCCAGAGCGUGGGCGCCAGGUGCAACGUGACGGCCCUCAGGUGCGGCGAGACGUACCGCGUGACUGUGGCCGCGUCCGACUCCCUGUGCUCCAGCCAAGCCAGCCCCGCCUCCGAGACCCCCACAGCGCCGUGCUUGCCCAGCAACAUCGAGGCCAGCGUGGACUGCCAGGAUCGGAGCGCCAUGCUGUCCUGGUACUACGCCGCCGGCGCCCUGUCCUACACCGCCGCGGCGCAGGCCCAGUCCGGGCCCGCCGUCGCCUGCGACGCCAACAACACCAACUGCGUGAUGAGCGGCCUGGCCUGCGGGGAGCAGUACUCCGUGUCCGUACUGGCCCAGGGAGAGACCUGCAACAGCACCGCCCACAUGGCAGGCUGGCUGACCACCGAACCUUGCGUGCCCCUGAACUUACACGUCCAGUACACCCUGUCCAUCGGCCAGCUGAUCUGGGAUAGCGCCAAGGGCGCCACCUCCUACACCGCGGAGGCCAUCACCGACCAGGGUCUGAGCCAUGCCUGCAACACCACCGACACCAACUGCGUCCUGCGCGACCUGGCGUGUGGCCAAAUCUACAACAUCACUGUCACUGCCCACAAUGAGGCCUGCAGUGACACUGUCACUUCUGACGCAUUUUACCUCACCACAGAACCAUGUCCUCCUGAGAAUGUGCAAGCCAGCGUUGAGUGUGAGAGCGGGGAUGGACUGGUGUCCUGGGAGCAGAGCGAGGUGGCUGUUGGGUACGUAGCCUUCCUGGAGGGGCGAAAUGGAGAUUUGGCCUACUGCAGCACAGCAACGACAUCAUGCAGCCUGGCUGGCCUGCACUGUGGCACUGUCUACUACGUCUACGUGCGAGCCCUUGGACAGGUCUUCAACAGCACUGACAGCACCAGCAUCACCUUGACCACAGACAGCGUGGUUGCCCAUGUGGACUGUGUGGCUGAGACGGCAACAUUCUCCUGGAACUUCACUGACGGGGCUCAAACCUACACAGCGACUGUGGCGGGCUCUGGUGGUGACCAGGCCUCCUGCACCACCCAGGAUAGCUACUGCAAUGUCACUGCACUCAACUGCGGCGAGACCUACAACCUUACCCUCAAAUCCACCAAUCAGCAGUGCCAGAUCAUCACCGCUACUGGGGUCACCUUCCAGACCAGGCCGUGCACUCCCCAGAACGCGGCGGUGGAUCUGCAGUGCGGCACUCGUGCGGCUGUCCUCACCUGGGAGCGGCGGGACGAGGUAGAGCUCUACACGGCCAGCGCCGUGGCGAGCACCGGCGCCCGGUCCGUGAGCUGCAACUCCACCGGCGACACCUGCCUCUUCCCCAACCUGGACUGCGGGGAAACCUACACCUUCACCAUCACCGCACACGCCGGCACGUGUCACAGCGAGCUCAGUGACUCUGUGGACAUUGUCACAGAACCGUGCAGGCCCGAGCACGUGACCGCUCAGGGAGCCUGCAGCCAGGGGGCGCUGGUCCUGGAUUGGGACGAGGCCAAGGGGGCGUUGGCAUACACCGUGAGCGCCGUGGGAGACCUGGGCUACAUCAUGGCUUUCAAUGCCACUCAGAACACCUUGGAAGAGGAGCUUCCCUGUGGUCAGACCUACAGCAUCAACGUGGUCGCCCAGGACGACCGCUGCCAAAGUCCCCAGAGCAACCCGGUCGAGUUCAGAACUGCUCCAUGCAAGCCCCAGCACCUGGAGAGCUACAUCCGGUGUGAGGCCAGCCUGGGCUCAGUGAGCUGGGCGGCAAGCGAUGGGGCGGAGUCCUACAUGGCGGUGGCGGUGGGCCAGGACAGCCACACCCACAUGUGCACCACCAACGGCACAGUGUGCACCUGGAAUGACCUGCACUGCGGCGAUGUCUACACCGUCCACGUGGUUGCCCAGGAGAACAUGUGCACCAGCUCCCCCAGCAACGGCACGGUCAUUCACACAGCACCCUGUGUACCUCAGAACCUGGUGCCCGCGUUUGACUGUGGUCUGAAAGUGGCAUCCCUCACGUGGAACGCCAGUGCAGGGGCGGAGAUCUACAUGGUUGUGGCAGAAAGCGGCGACGGGCACAGGCUGGAGCUGAGCACAAACGAGACCAGGGCUCACUUCACAGAGCUCUCCUGCGGCCAGACGUACAGCCUCACCGCUGCCGCCAUCAACCAGGAGUGCAGGAGCGCGCAGAGCGUGCCAGUGCUCAUACAAACAGAGCCCUGUGCGCCAACUGCCGUGAGCAGCGAACUUGACUGCAUCUCCAACAUCGCCGUGGUGACCUGGGUGGCGAGCAACGGGUCCCAGCACUACACCGCCACCGUUCAGGCGGCGGGCGGGGAGACGCAGACCUGCAUGUCCUCCAGCAGCCUGUGCAGCAUCCCCAGCCUGAGCUGCGGUCAGACGUACACGGUGUCGGUCACCGCCUCCAACACGCAGUGCAGCUCCGCGGCAACCGCCGCCUCCGCCAGCCUGACCACAGUCCCAUGCGCCCCAUCCAAUCUGGCAGUGGAGCUGGACUGCGCAGACAACACCGCUGCGGUGUCCUGGAACCGCAGCCAGGGGGCGCUGUCGUACAGGCUCACGGCUCAGAGCAGCAGGGGCAGCCCCUCCAGCUGUGCGAGCGCCGACCCCCCCUGCAGCCUGGCCAAUCUCACCUGCGGCGCGCCCUACACGGUGCACGUGGUGGCCGUGGGGGCCACAUGCUCCAGCCUCCCCGGAGCUUCUGUGGAGUUCCAGACAGUGCCUUGUGCCCCGGAGAUCAGCAUGGCCCACCUGGACUGCUUUACCAGCUCAGCGCUGCUGGAGUGGCACUACGCUGAGGGGGCCACCUCCUACACCGCCACGGCCGAGUCCGACAGCGGCGAUGUCACCGUCUGCUACACCAACUACACCAACUGCGAGAUUGCGGACAUGGGGUGCGGCCAGGUGUACACGGUGACCAUGGUGGCUUCGGACGGCAACUGCAAUAGCUCACAGAGCACCGGCUGGGAGAUCGCGUCAGUGCCCUGUCCCCCUCAGAAUGUCGUAUCCCAGCUGGACUGCGGCACCAACACUGCCCGUGUGGAGUGGGAGGGCAGCGUCGGGGCAGAGUCCUACACGGUGCUUGCCGUUGGCAAGGAGGGCCACGUCGCCCAGUGCAACACCACGGGGCUGGCCUGCGAGGUGGUGGACCUCAUGUGCGGCCGCAUCUACAACGUCAGCGUGGUCGCCCACAAUGAGCACUGCAACAUCUCCGAAAGCGCCAUCACCCAACUGCAGACCGUGCCCUGCCCUCCACAGCAGGUGGAAACCAGCGUUGACUGCGACACAGGGGCAACAACUGUGUCCUGGGAGCACAGCUACGGCGCCACCUCCUACUCUGCUGUAGCCCAGGGAAACGGAGGCUACGCUUCCUACUGCAACACCAGCGACACUGUCUGCCAGUUCACUGACCUGCUGUGUGGCAUGACCUACAGCUUCACCGUUAUCGCCUCCGAUGAUGACUGCAUCAGCACAGAGAGCAGCCCAGUGUAUCAGAACACCAUCCUGUGCGAGCCCCAGAAUGUCAGUGCGGAGCUGGACUGCAGUAGCAACGUGGGCCUGGUGGCGUGGGAGAUUGGAGAGGGCGUGGCCUCCUACCGCGUGCAGGCCGUGGGCCCUGACGGGCACCGGACCCAGUGCAACAGCAGCUCCACCAGCUGCCAGCUGCCUGACCUGCACUGCGGCCAGAGAUACAACCUGACCGUCACUGCCCAGGACCAGCUGUGCGACAACAGCAACUCCUUCCUGACCCUGCAGUCUGGGCCCUGCCAGCCCCGAAACGUACAGACGACCCUCCAGUGCAGCUCCAGCUCCGCCUCCGUGACCUGGGACCGGGGCAGCGGCGCCACCUCUUACGCAGUGGAAGGCAGGGCCGCCGACGGCCACCAGGCCUCCUGCAACACCAGCGCCACCCACUGUAACCUAGAGGGUCUGCGGUGCGGUCAGACCUACGACGUGUCCGUCGUGUCCCAGGACGAUUCCUGUGACAGUGCGGCGAGCGCCAUGUCCAGCAUGCGGACAGCUCCUUGUCCCCCUCAGAAUGUAGAAGCUCAGAUAUCUUGCGACUCCGGGACCCUGGUGGUGACAUGGGAACCCAGCGCAGAUGCCGAUGCGUUCCAUGUGGUGGCUGACGAUGAGGACGGGGCCGACCUUUCCUGCGAUACCAACGGCACUCGGUGCUCCAUGGAAAACCUGCCUUGUGGCCACAGCUACUCCGUUACCGUCGCAGCUGUCCGAGGAGGCUGCCAUGGUGACCCGAGCCAGGCUGUCCAAGUGUCUUCAGCACCAUGUGUGCCCCAGGAUGUCGCAGGCAACCUGGACUGCGUCACAAAUUCAGUUUUGGUCACAUGGCUCCCUAGCCAGGGGGCACAGAGCUACACGGUGCUCGCGCAGGGGAUGGACGGCAACAACUCCUCCUGCUCCUCCGCCGAGCCCUCCUGCAAUGUCCCUGACCUGCGCUGCGGGGUCCUCUAUACCUUCAAUGUCACCGCAUCUAAUGGCCACUGCCAGACCCAGGCUGAAACUACCUUCGAGAUCAGAACAGCUCCGUGUGACCUCAGCACCAUCGACGCCAUAAGCCAGUGCCACAGCGGCAUCAUCCAGGUGACGUGGGAUUCGAUGGAGGGCUUGCCGCUAUACGUUGCCACAGCCGAGGGCAACGACCGCAGCAUCCUCACCUGCAACAGCACCAUGUCCUCCUGUGACCUGGUGGGGGCGCUGUGCGGUACCCACUACACCAUCAUUGUGGCUGCGCCCUCUCACAACUGUAGCAGCCUGAGGAGUCCCCCUCUCAAGAUCAGCACAGCGCCGUGCGCCCUUGAAGACGUGGUCGCCCAUGCAGAUUGCGAGUCUCAGGGCGUCUUGGUCUCCUGGGCCCAAUCCCUGGUGGCGGAGUCCUACCACCUCACAGCCAUGGGGAGAGAUGGGGACCUGCGGGAGUGCAACACCACGAACACCAACUGCACCCUGGAGGAACUGCAGUGCGGCCAGCCCUACAGCCUCUCUGUGAUCGCCAGCACUGGAAAUUGCACCAGUCCAGCCAGCCUGGAAGUCACAUUCAACUCAGUGCCCUGCAUGCCGGACGGCUUGUCUGUGGAGGCCGAGUGUGGGAAUGGCUCAGCGCUGCUCACGUGGGCCGAGAGCGAAGGAUCCGUGGAGUACUUCGCCUGCGCGCAGGGUGAAAACGGAGAUAUGCUCUACUGCGACAGCAUGGACACGUCCUGCGCUAUCGAGGGACUGGAGUGUGGGGCCUUGUACAACUUCUCUGUGCAGGCUUCGGAUGGCAUCUGCAAUGGAUCAUUCAGCCAGCCACUGCUGGAGGGAUCAGCUCCUUGCCCACCCGACGCAGUGCAGACACGGCUUUUGCCCAUGCGGGAGGAAUCGCAGGCGAUGAGAGUGUCCUGGAGCCAGGUGGACUGUCCAAAUGUGAUGUAUCUGGCGGUGGCCACGGGGAACAUCCAGGGUGAUGUCCAGGAGCAAUUUGAGCUGUCUUCUUAUUGGACGGAUUCCACCUUCUUUGAGUUCCUCCUGCCUUGCAGCUCCUCCUACAGCGUGACUGUGAAGGCCAGAAAUCCUGCAGGCAGCAGCCAGCCCUCUGUGGCCCGCACUGGAACCACAGCUCCCUGCCCUCCACUGGCUGUCACAUUCAGUGAAAGCAACACCUCCACCGUCCUCUCUUGGAAUGCCUCUGUCUUCGCAACACAAUAUACCGUCUAUGAGCUGUCCAGCACUGGCAGGUCUCAGGUCUGCAAAACUGCCCAGCUCUCUUGCACACUGGUCAGUGUCAACAGGAGUGCCAUCGAGGUUACUGCCAGCAACUCUGCAGGAGAGAGCAACCCAACAAGAGACGUCCAAGAUCCACUGCAGCGUCGCAAACGAAGAGAUUUGUCCGAUAUCGAGGUCACCGCAGGGCUACCCGCUCCACAGGUAUCGGUAACAGCCUUGAGCGGUUCCUCACUGAGAGUGGAAUGGUCAAGAGUAACUGGCGCCACGUCCUACAUUUUGACUGUUGAAGAGCAGUCCAGCACAGGACCAGUUAGCCCAAAGGUACUGACCGUGACCAGUGAGGAAUCCACAGUGACUGACCUGAAGUUCGGCACAAUGUACUGCGUUGUAGUCACCGCCAGGACCUCCCUCAGCACCAUCACUUCUCAGCCUGUCUGCGUGGUCACCAUAGCGCAAGCAAAUGGUUAAUUCCACUGACUCCUUCAGGCAUCCAUCCAGAGCAGUUGUGUAUGAUGCAGCAAAAGAGGACGGGCUCUAGUCAAAGAAUAAAUGAUGAGAUCCAUUUCGGAGCUCCAGGAUCUUUCCUUUGGGGAAGGAGGAAGUUGGGAGGGGCAACGGAAGAGGAAAGUUUUACUCUUAUAAAUGUUGAAAGCAAUUUGCUGUCCAUUUCUGAAUUUUUUUUACAUUUUCAGGUGAAGCUGUUUUAAAUGACGUUGAAUUAGAAGCCAUGAAUCUGAAUGAUUAUCUUUUUUUUUACAUGAACAGUAGGUUAGGUUGAAAAACUGGGGAUUGAAAUACUAUAAAAUAGCAAGAAAUGACUUUAGUUUUCACAAACCAUUUUGAGGUUGGUAAAAAGUAAAUAUUAGGAACCUCUGACAGAUUUCAAAGUAUUUCUUAGGUUUUUAUGUAUAAUUAUAUCAUAAUGUUACUUUCCAAUAACCACUACAUGUAUUUCAAUGUAUCUCAUUUUAAUCACAUAUGUACACAAAUGUUAACAUAGAUUUAGAUCAAAUAAAUGCUAAUUUACCAAGCAGUGUUGGUAAUUAUACAUCUUACUGUCCAGUAUGCUUUAUAAAUUGUGACAAUGUGUGAUAAUCUAUUAGCCAUAUUUAUUAAUUUCAACCCAUAA